UAUUGUCAAUGAAGGAAGUCGUCGCGGACACUUGCUUGUAAACUUUGAGUCUGUCCUAAUAAGUUACAUUACAUCGUGUGUAAUUGGUGUUUAUAAUUAUGUUUUAGGAUCAUUGCUUCGGUGACUUGAAAUGGGUAAAUCGGUACAAGAACACAUUUUGUACGUGUGAAAAACUUUUUGCAAAAUGUCAAACAAAUCGCAGACUUUAUUGGAUAUAUUCCAAGAGAUAUUGGCGGCGUCUGGUAACUCUUCGGAUAGCAAAAGCAUCAACGAGUCUCAUAUACUAUCAGUGCUUAAGGAACAGGCAUCUAGAGGUAGAAGCGAGAACUUGGGUUCAAUUUUAGUCAAAGUAGUCAGUGAUGUUCAGAACAAAUUGAAUCUGUCUAUAAAAACUGAUACAUGCGGAUACUGCGACGGAGACUUCAGAGAUGUUGUCGAAGCCUACAACGGAAUCCAUGGAUACGUUAGUUUGAUAGUGUGCACAAUAGGUGUGUUGGCGAACACAAUGAACGUGGCUGUACUGACGAGACGGGAUAUGGCAGCGGCGCCAAUCAACCGUCUGCUUAAGUGGCUGGCGGUCGCUGACGUCUUCGUCAUGCUCGAAUACGUACCUUUCUCCAUAUACAAGUACUUGGUUCUACCAGAGAAAUUGGAUUUUCCAUAUUCAUGGGCUAUGUAUCUGCUAUUUCAUAUGCAUUUUGCACAAAUCCUUCAUACUGCCUCUAUAUGUCUCACUUUGUCACUGGCUAUAUGGAGAUAUGUUGCAAUAAAAUAUUCAGACCGGAGUCAUAUCUUAUGUACUGAGAAAAGAUGUAGUAUUGCAAUAUUAACAAGUUUUAUUCUGCCUCCCAUACUUUGUAUACCCACGUUUAUGGUAUUUGAUAUACACACAAAGAAUGUCACCGACGUACAUGGCAAUCCUGAUAUCGCCUAUCACGUUGAUUCUGAUAACCAAGGGAGACUGUACCAAGUAAAUUUUUGGGUUCACGCUGUGCUUAUUAAAUUACUGCCGUGUUCAAUACUCACAGUCAUCAGUUUAUGGCUUAUUCGGGCUUUAUAUAGCGCGAAUCAACACCAAAAGAAUCUCAGAAAUUAUAGCGCAUGUCCCGCUGCAGAAAAAAUGGUGAAGAGACAACAUAAAGCAGACAAGAGAACAGAUAGAACAACAAAAAUGUUGUUGGCAGUUUUGUUGCUGUUUUUAGUGACUGAAUUACCCCAAGGCAUUCUGGGGUUAAUGAGCGGUUUGCUCGGAUGGUGCUUUUUCAAACGAUGCUACGAUUUAUUUGGGGAGCUGAUGGAUUUUUUGGCAUUGCUGAACGGAGCCAUCAAUUUCAUACUCUACUGCUCUAUGUCUCGACAAUUUCGCCAAACAUUCAGACAGUUGCUUCUACAAAGACACUUGGCGCGAUUCCUACCUCCCACCGCCUCUCAUUCGGAAUCUCACAACCAGAAUACGUGCACAGAAAAGAUAAAAAGAUAGCAACUGCAGAGCUUCAGUAAAGUUUGAAUAGAAACUGCCAAAACUUCGGUCCCUUGAGGAAGAAUUUUGAAAAAAAAACAUGGUUUGUGAACAGUUUCUAUGACAAAAGAAAAGUUUGUGAUAGAGUAAUUUUUAUUAUAUUUAGGUUAAAUAAGCUGUUACUUCUUAUAAACUAAUAAUGUUUAAAGUUUAUAAAAAAUAAAACUGUGCUUUAUGAGAUAAUACACAUAAAAGUAUUAAAAGUCAACCUAAAGUACAUUUUCAGUAGUCGAAUAAUAUGCCAAUUUCUGAAUAAUAUUCAUUAAUUUUAAACAGUAAUCAUAUCAGGAUAAGUUUUGUAAAUAUUCGUUACGACAUAUUCCGUAUCUGUUCUCACUGAGAAGGUAUCCUCUUGUUUGGUAAUACAGAUAUAGAUGAUAGGAAGAUACAACUCUGUUGUUGGCGAAACCCUUAUAAGAACCCUUCUAAGCAUAAUAAUGUUAUAGAGCAAAAUAAGUGUCUCAUAUUAUACUAACUUAAAAUAAAGUAUGUUCUUAUAAAAGUCUUAGUAGGGAUUUCGAUGUUUGAUCUCAUUUACCUGGUAGACAUAUUUUAAAGUAAAGGAUGAAAAAAUGAUUUUUUAGUUGAAAUCGUGUAAGUUGUUAAUAAAUAUAAAUUGACGAAUGUAUUUUUAUUAGAAAACUAUUUUGUAAAGUAGAUGUAUUUUACAGUUAAUUUCAUUUAACUUAAUUAUACUGAGUGUUAAAAGAGAGUGUUAUCAUGGUAAUUUAUACAGCAAAUUUAGCAUCUAAACUAUAAUGGUAUCAAUUAGGCUUUCAUUGUAAUGUUAAUUCUUAAUCAGAACUAUGUGAUGUUCAAUGAUUAAUUUUAUAUAAUGCUUAUUAGUUUUGUACCGAGGGAUAGUGACGAUUUUAUUUUUGUGAUGCUCACUUACAAGCUUUAUUGGUCUAAUAGAUAAUUUAGUUAUCAUUGAAAGGAAAGAUCGAAAUCGUUUAUGACACUAUUACAUUGUACAUAUAUAAUGUGUGACUUAAAAAAGGUCAUAAACAAAAUGAUUUCGCUUAGAAAGUUUUGUUACUCAACAAAGUUCAUAAAAUUGGAAGUUGUAAAUAUAAAGUAAAUAAUUUAAAGUGUUAAGAUCGCUUUUGUUUUAUUUUUGUAAC